GUGUAGGGAAGCUAGCACUGGAGUAAUAUGAUCAAAUUUCUUGGUUCUAGUCAGGAUUCUAGCAGCCACAUACCAGUGUUCUGUUGGAUUUCAGCCACUGUUCUACAAAGAUUGUUGGCUGAAGCAGAGAGUGGAGAGAUCCCCAAAACUCUGUCAGAAAUCUACAUGCACUUCAUAAUGUUCCAGAUAAAACAGAAGAAUCAGAAAUAUCAUGGCGACAAUGUCAUUGAUCCCUACUGGGAUAAAGAGAUCAUUCUGUCACUGGGAAAACUGGCGUAUAAGCAGCUGGAAACAGGCAACCUGAUCUUCUAUGAAGAGGACCUGACAGAGUGUGGCAUUGAUGUCAGAGAGGCAUCUGUGUAUUCUGGAGUGUGCACCGAGAUCUUCAGGGAGGAGUUUGGGCUGCAUCAAGGGAAGGUUUAUUGCUUCGUGCAUCUGAGCAUCCAGGAAUGUCUUGCUGCUUUUUAUAGUUUUCUCUCUUUCAACAAUGACUUCAACACAACAAAACAUUAUCAGCAGUCCAUCCCCAAGAACCUGAAGAGGCGAGUCAAAAUAAUGCCUGCAAUUCACUUCUACCAGGAUGCAGUGAAUAAGGCCCUACAGAGUGAGAAUGGACACCUGGAUCUUUUCCUCCGCUUCCUUCUUGGCCUCUCACUGCCAUCAAAUCAGACCAUCUUUCGAGGCCGACUGAAAUGGACAGGAGGUAGCUCAAAGAUUGACAAGGAAACAGUUGAGGUCAACAAGGAAACAGUUGAUUACAUCAAGGAGAAGAUCCAAGAGAAUGCCUCUUCAGAGAAGUGCAUCAAUCUGUUUCACUGUCUAAAUGAGAUGAAUGACCAAUCCCUAGUGCAGGAGAUUCAGAGCUACCUGAGCUCAGGAAGUGUCUCAGGAGCCAAACUCUCACCUGCACACUGGUCAGCUCUGGCCUUUGUGUUGCUGACUUCAGCAGAGGAGCUGGGUGUAUUUGACUUGAAGCAAUUUAGUGGAGCAGAUUAGGCUCUUCUGAGGCUGCUGCCAGUGGUUAAGGCAUCCAAAACAGCUCUGGAAGUACUGUCUCUGUGUAACGCAGGCAGACAUAAGCCAGUCAUGCUCCUUCAUUCAAAUGACUCAUCUCUACCAACAUUUCACAGUUUCAUGAGAUAGCAAAGCUAGUGGGGAUGAAUGACUAGAUAAGGAGUUGAGUAUUCCAUUUAAGUUCUAUUUGUAAUAAUUCUUCCAGGUUAAAUAAGUGUAGCCUCACAGUGACGUCCUGUGGAGCCCUUGCCUCAGCUCUCAGCUCAAGCACC